GCAGGAAAUGAGUUUUUGAAUGUCAUCAGCUGCAAAAACACGCAUGAAUGUGAUAUGGAAUAAUCUAUUUUAUGACCAUUGAAUGUAAUUUAUGAAAACACGGCAUUGAUGUCGACGUAUGCACAUGGCUUGUUAUUUCAGAAGAAGUAUUGCAUCGAAGCUCUCUAGGGCUUUGGGACGGUCUGAAGAUGCCUUCAUUUCAGCUGUCUGUGCUAUCCCAGUCUCCAAAAAACAGUUAAGUGCAAUCCCCAGAUUUCCGGCUAUCAGUCAACACUCUGCUGAGGAAUGGGAUCCUGCCAACUAAUGGAGACCUCCAGGCACAGACAGAGGCUCUGGCCAGUCAGUUAAAGCAAGACAGUGUGGUGGAAGAAAUAUUUGCUGGACGGGGAGUGAUACACUUUAGAGUUAGUCGGAAUCUGUUAGUACAGAAAGUUUUAGAGCAGUUGUGCCAAGAACGUCACAAAUUUGGUGUGAAAAGUGAACUUUUCGAUGGCCUCAAAAAAGGAACGACUGUGGUGGAGUUUAGUUCUCCAAAUAUUGCCAAGAAGUUUCACGCUGGACAUCUGCGUUCCACCAUUAUUGGUAACUUCAUCGCCAACCUGAAAGAAUCCCUGGGAAAUAAUGUCAUUAGAGUGAAUUACCUAGGAGAUUGGGGCAUGCAGUUUGGUUUGCUGGGAGCUGGCUUUCAGCUCUUUGGGUGUCAGGAGAAAUUGAAAAAGAAUCCCUUACAACACCUAUUUGAUGUUUACGUUCAGGUGAACAAGGAGGCGGAGAACAAUGAGGUCAUAGGACAGGCGGCCAGAGAGUUCUUUAGACGGCUGGAACAGCAGGAACACCAGGCCUUGUUACUAUGGAAACAGUUUAGAGAGAUCACAGUGGAGGAGUACCAACAAGUCUAUAAGCGCUUAGGGGUUCACUUUGACAUCUACUCUGGAGAGUCUUUUCACCAACAACAAGCCCAGGAGGUGGUGCAGCAGCUACAGAGACGAGGCCUGCUGAAAACCACAGAGAAGGGGACAGGCGUGGUGGAUCUCUCUUCAGCUGGAGACAUGUCCAGCUACUCCACAGUACUACGCAGUGAUGGGACAUCUCUCUAUAUCACCAGAGAUCUUGCUGCAGCCUUAGAUCGAAAGGAAAGGUACAAUUUCGAUGAGAUGAUCUAUGUGACAGACAAAAGUCAAGGGAUUCAUUUCCAGCAGCUGUUCCAGAUCCUCUUGGCUAUGGGACACUCGUGGGCUGAGAGGUGCCAGCAUGUACCGUUUGGCCUGGUGCAGGGUAUGAAGACGAGGCUAGGAGAGGUGGUUUUCCUGGAAGACGUCCUGGAUGAAGCCCGGGCUAGGAUGCUCAGGAACAUGAGCCAGUCCAAGACCACCAAGGAAAUGGUGUAUCCAGAAGACACAGCUGAGAAAGUGGGGAUCAGCGCACUCAUAGUUCAGGACUUUAAAGGGCCUCUAGGAUCAGACUACAAGUUUGACUGGGACAGGAUCCUCCAGGCCCAAGGUGAUACAGGGGUGUUUCUACAGUACACACAUGCCAGACUCUGUAGUUUAAUACAUCGCUAUGGCGACGGUGAGGAAGGUGCCUUUGACCCGUCACUUCUUCUAGAUCAGAGGAGUAUUUCGAUACUCCAGCACCUCCUUCGCUAUGACGAAGUUCUAUACCAGUCUGUACAGGAUCUGCAGCCAAAACAUCUCGUCAACUUCCUUAUGACACUGAGUCACCUGGCUGCGUCAGCACACAGGGAGCUGCCAGUGAAGGGAAGCCCUCAAGCUGUUGCACAGGCUAGGCUGCGGCUCUUCAGUGGUGUCUGCACGGUGUUGGCCAACGGGAUGAAAAUAUUAGGCAUCACACCAGUCGAGAAAAUGUGACCAAUCAACGCCUGCUUGAUCAAUGUUCCUGUGUAUGUAACUACUGUUAUUGAAUUAAUGUAAAUAAAUGUCGUCUUGAUUUAACACUU